AUGAAUAACUAUCUGGAGCCGGUGUCGUUCAAGGACGUGGCCGUGGCCUUCACCCAGGAGGAGUGGCAGCAGCUGGGCCCGGAGCAGAAGACCACCUACAGGGACGUGAUGCUGGAGAACUACAGCCACCUCGUCUCCGUGGGCUGUCACCUCGUCAAACCGGACGUCAUCACCAAGCUGGAGCAAGGAGAGGAGCCCUGGAGAGGAGUCGGGGAAGUCCCACCUCAUGGUUGCCCAGAAGUCUGGAAAGUUGACCUGAUAGACAGAGUCAAGGAAAUUGAAGACAGACAUUCCAGGCAAACUCUAUCCAUCAACAACAAAACUCUAAUUGAAGAGAGAGGUGAUGUUCUUGCGAUAUCUGCAUCACAGAUAAAUUGCUUUCCUUUCCUUGAAUCUAAAGUCUUAUGA